AUAUGAAUUGGGGAAGAAUGGCUUUAGGAAAUGACUCUUCAGUGAAAGAAUUUAUCCUGCUUGGCUUGACACAGCAGCCAGAGCUCCAACUGCCUCUCUUCUUCUUCUUCUUGGGAGUCUAUAUAUUCUCCGUGGUGGGGAACCUGGGCUUGAUUGUUCUGAUUGUGUUGAAUCCUCACCUGCAAACCCCUAUGUACUACUUUCUCUUUAACCUUUCCUUUACAGAUCUCUGCUACUCUUCUGUCAUAACCCCCAAAAUGCUGGUGAGUUUUGUGAAGCAGAAUAUCAUUUCUCAUGCUGAGUGCAUGACUCAACUCUUUUUCUUCUGCUUCUUUGUUAUUGAUGAAUGCUACAUUUUGACAGCAAUGGCUUAUGACAGAUAUGCUGCCAUCUGUAAGCCCCUGCUUUACCAGGUCACCAUGUCCCAUCGGGUCUGCCUCUUGAUGACAGUUGGGGUGUAUGUUAUGGGGUUUGUGGAAGCUAUGGCGCAUACUGCCAGUAUGGUACACCUGAUCUUCUGUGAUAGCAACAUCAUCAAUCACUACAUGUGUGAAAUAAAUGCUCUUCUAAAGCUCUCCUGCACAAGCACUUCCAUCAAUGAGCUGGUGGUUUACAUUGUUGUAGGUUUUAAUGUAAUAGUGCCCACUCUGACUAUCUUUAUUACUUACACGUUGAUCCUUUUCAACAUCCUCAGCAUCCAUUCUGCAGAAGGUAGGUCAAAAGCCUUCAGCACCUGUGGCUCCCAUAUGAUAGCUGUUUCUCUUUUCUUUGGAGCUGCAGCAUUCAUGUAUCUUAAGCCUUCUAGUGCAUCAGAGGAUGAAGAUAAAGUAUCUACCAUUUUUUAUACCAUUAUGGGCCCAAUGUUGAAUCCUUUCAUCUACAGUAUAAGGAAUAAGGAUGUCCAUAUCGCCCUUAAAAAAACUUUGAAGAGAAGCAUUUUUAUUUAAG